CGUAGCAAACGAUUUACCACGACUUACGUGUCACACAGUGUGUAGAUGUGAGAAGUGUAGAAACGUUAGCAAAGUCUCUGUGCCUCGAUUUCGGACAAACAAAAUGCCCCGUCGAGUACUGGAAACCUACGGAUUUCAACCAGCCAAGCAGCCAUGUCUUCGCAAGUCAAAAUUGGAUCCCAAAGGUAAAUGCGGCUCUGCCAUCAAGAAACAACCGAAGGAGCAACCUGUUGAGCAGAAGAACCCGCUGCACUUCCUCCAGCAGAAGAGCGUUGAGGAGCUCGUCGUGCAUUGGACUCGUGCUGGGGAAAGUACUCUUUCUCCCAUCAAAUUGUUGCCUCCUUGGUAGUUGUGUGUUUUAUUAACUGUUUGUUGCAGAAUUCAUGGUCCUAUCAACAAAAUUAUAGAUCAUAUUGGCAAGUCCAAAAGUAAAAACAAAA